AAUUAAAAAAAUUUCAGCAAAUCCAUAAUACUGAAACAAGAAAAAUUCUGAAACAUGUCUGCACACGUUGGCUUUCACUUGGCAUAUGUUUAUCAAGGAUCCUUGAGCAGUGGAAUCCACUCCUAAGUGUUUUUAAAGAAGAAGUAAAGGUUUCUAAACCAAAUAUUUCUUCAUCUUUGGACAGCUACAAAAUUCCCAAAGUUUGUCAAAAUGCAGUCACUUCUGCUGCUUCAAGUUCUAUCAAGAAGCAUGUUUCUCCAUCAGUAACUGGUAGUACUCAGCCAAGCAUUUCUAGAAGUAAUAAAAGGAAAAGUGAAAUGGAAUCAUCACAAGAAAAAAAACUUCCUAAACUGGAACAGUGUAGUUUUAAAAAUUUAUCUCGCGAAGAAAGAAUUUUUAUGUUCCUCUCUUCCGACCUAAACAAAGCAUAUUGCUUGUUUAUGCAAUUUAUUCUACCUACAUUUGAUGUCGCUAAUAAAACUCUGCAGUGUAGAAUUCCAAAAAUUCAUAUUUUUAAUUCUAUGCUCAGAGAAUUAUUCAGAAAUAUCCUCUCGAAAUUUGUAAAACCCUGUGGAAUAUUGCAUGUCAAUAAGAUCUAUGAUGUUGAUUACCACAAGAGAGAGAACCAAAAAGAGGAUGAAGAUCUGGUUAUUGGAACUGCUACUGGAAAGAUUGUGUCUGAAUUAUCGAAAGAAGAACAGAAGCAGUUUUACAUUAGUAUCAGAAAAUACUUAUGCAGGGCAUGUGACUAUAUUUUGCAUAAAUUUCCCAUAAAAGAUGAAGUUGUGCUGCAUGCUCAAGUAGCUGAUGUUUCAAGACUUCAGCAAGCUUCUUUUCCGGAUGUUAAGUACUUUAUUAACAGAUUUCCCAUUUUAGCUAAAUUGAUUUUACCAGAUAAAGAAAUUGAUGUCGCAGUAGAUAUCCUACAGGCACAGUUUUGCUCUCUCCAGUUAGAGGACUUAACUGAAAUAAAAAAAAUUGAAAGAAUAGACACCCAGUGGGGUUCCAUAGGAAAAAUUAAAAGUGCUGAUGGAAACUUGAAAUAUAGUGACAUUUCAAAAGUAAUGUUAUCGAUUUUAACUAUUCCGCAUAGCAAUGCGGAAUGUGAAAGGAUUUUCAGUAUUGUGACAAAAACAAGAACCAAAUUUCGACCUAACUUAACUAAUGACACACUAGAAAAAGUGUUGUUAGCUAAAACUGGCCUACACGGAAAUUGUUAUGACCAAGCAUUUGACUCAGCUUUCCUACAAAAAGCAAAAUCUGCUNUUAAGUAG